AUGAGAGAAAAUCCGAAUCCAAAUGAUCUAAAUUCAAUAUUUAAAGGGGAAAACUCCUUAAGGACAACCGGAGAUGCCGUUAAGCUUAUAAACUAAGAAAAGUUUGCUUGGGAUCAAGUUGAAAAGAACGGUUUAUCCUUAUCAUCAAUAGCAAAUCCGACUUUAACCGAAAAAGUUUUCAAAGAAAUGUUGGAUAAAGAUAAAAAUAUAAAAAAUAUGAAAAUUAAAUAAAUUCUGCAAGUAUAUGGAGGAGAAGAACAUUUAGAUGUCGACUAUGAUUUAAUAGUUGGAUAAACAGAAAAAUAUGCCGAAUAUUCAGCUGAUGGAUAAUAAUUAGAUAUUUAUAACCAUAAAAGGUCCAAAUAUAUUGAAGAUGUUUUUAUUAAUAAUCAUACAACUGUCUGGGGAUCAUGGUAUAGUGAUGUACUUGGAUGGGGAUUUGCUUGUUGUCAUAAUAAUCUUAAGGAUAGUGUGUGUAGUGGGGAUAAAGGAAAAAAAGAAGCACUUGUUAAGGAAUUUAAGAUUAGAAAAUAAAAAGAUGAAGAUUUUAAGAGGGUUAAAGAAUUAAAUGAAGCUUAGAAGAAAAACGAUGGUUUUAAAGCUCCAAUGGCUAGAAAAAAAUAAGUGGAUAAAAAUGAAAAUGGAUAAUAAUAAUAAGUAUAGGAAAAUGGAAAAGUUAAGAAAAUUGAAAAAAAAGAAAGUAUUAUAAUUAUGAAGAAGAUUAUAAAGAAGUUACUGAAGAAGAUCUUGAAAAUUAUAGAAAACAGAGAAAAGUUUUUGAUGACCCUAUGA